GCAAGAUCAUAUCAGAGGAGAAACAACUAGCAGCUAGCUCUCUGAUCUUUGUACUUAUAACGUGUUGCAAAUACACGCUCAUGGCAGCGACGCGAGCGUGCUUGGUCGCGCUCGCCGUGGCUCUCGCGUUUCUCCUCUUGGAGGGGCCAACAAUGGCAGCGGCGUUGGGGACUGCCGGAGGAUCGUCGGAAGAGCACCUGAGGCAGGUGCGAAGCUUCCUCAGGCGGGUCAACAAGGCUCCUGUCACGAGCAUUCAGAGCCCAGAUGGAGAUAUCAUAGACUGUGUGCCCAUCUCCAAACAGCCUGCAUUCGAUCAUCCCCUCCUGAAGAACCAUACCAUACAGAUGCAGCCUUCUUACCAUCCUAGAGGUGACUCCAACAUUGCACCUCAUCCAAUCACCCAAGCAUGGCACCAGAAUGGCAAGUGCCCUGAGAACACCGUACCAAUCCGAAGGACAAAGGAGGAGGAUGUCCUGAGGGCCAGCUCGGUCAAUUUGUAUGGAAAGAAGAGGCCCGACAGCAUACCAAAUAUCCACCCUGAAACUAGUGUGACGACUGGCCAUGAGUAUGCUGUAGCAUCUUCAGCAGAUGGCCAAUACUAUGGAACUCAAAUCAAGGUAAAUCUGUGGAAACCAAUGACCGAGACGGCCCAAGACUUCAGCUUGACCCAACUCUGGACCGUUGCAGGGUCCUAUGCCAACAACGAUCUCAAUACCAUUGAAGUAGGAUGGCAGGUUUACCAAAGUUUCUAUGGGGAUAACAAUUCUAGACUCUUCAUCUACUGGACUCGUGAUGCGUAUCGAACAACAGGAUGCUACAAUCUAGGGUGCUCAGGAUUCGUCCAGACAAACAAUCAGAUUGCUCUCGGUGGUACCCUCUCCCCUCAGUCCGUCUAUGGUGGCUCACAAUACGAAAUAUGUAUUCUAGUUUGGAAGGACCCAAACACGGGCAACUGGUGGUUGCAAGUAGGAGGCACUAAUGUGGGCUAUUGGCCAUCAUCCAUCUUCACCCACUUGAAAAACAGUGCCUCCUAUGUUCAGUGGGGUGGCGAGGUGUUCUCGUCUAGCGCCGGUCAAACUUCGACAGAUAUGGGCAGUGGACACUUCCCUGGGGAAGGGUUUGGCAAGGCCAGCUACAUCAGGAACAUCCAAGUGGUAGAUUCAUCCAACUAUCUCAGACAAGCAAGUGGUUUGGGCUUCAUAAUAAAUCCGUCCCCCAGCUGCUAUAACGUGCAGAGUGGCACCAGUAGCAACGACUGGGGCACAUACAUCUUUUAUGGAGGACCUGGGAGGAACUCUAACUGCCCGUAGUAAUCGUCCUUGAAUUACUUUACAGCCCAAAAAUCUCCUAAGUACACGACGAAUACUCCUUUAGCAAUGCAUAAUGCCAAUAAAGUAUUGCUAGGGGCCCAAUAAAGUAUUGUAGGGUUACAACUGCAUGACCCAUGCAAAUGCCACAAGAAGCAUAUCGAUGUCACUAGGCUGGUUUGUAUUCAAUGGACGACGACUGUCGACUGAGGUGCAGUGCAGCAAACUUUGAUUUCAGUAUAGUGUGUAGAUGCACUGCUACUUUUUGAAUCACUAUGGUUUUUACAGCAUGCAA